ACUAGAAAACGAAAAGCCCACAGAAACGGCUUAGGGUUUAGUCAUAGAGAAAGCUCUCUUAUAGUUUUCUCAUCAAGCGCCUCCGUUUUGCUCUUUAGCUCUCCUGUCUCCUCUUUGGCUGAUCUCUCCGUUAAAAAUGGUUGCUUUCCGGUUUCACCAAUACCAAGUGGUUGGGAGAGCACUUCCAACAGAGAAAGAUGUGCAGCCUAAGAUUUACAGGAUGAAGCUAUGGGCCACUAAUGAAGUCCGCGCCAAGUCCAAGUUUUGGUACUUCUUGAGGAAGCUGAAGAAGGUUAAGAAAAGCAACGGACAAAUGCUUGCCAUCAAUGAGAUUUUCGAGAAGAACCCCACGAAGAUCAAGAACUACGGUAUCUGGCACCGUUACCAGAGCAGAACCGGGUACCACAACAUGUACAAGGAGUUCCGUGACACCACGCUCAACGGUGCAGUGGAGCAGAUGUACACCGAGAUGGCUUCUCGCCAUAGAGUGAGGUUCCCUUGCAUUCAGAUCAUCAAGACCGCCACAGUCCCCGCAAAGCUGUGCAAGAGAGAGAGCACCAAGCAGUUCCACAACUCCAAGAUCAAGUUCCCUCUUGUUUUCAGGAAGGUCAGGCCACCGACCAGGAAGCUCAAGACUACGUACAAGGCCUCAAAGCCUAACCUUUUCAUGUAAUAAAAAUCCAAAAUCUUUACAUGAUUUCUCCUUAUCCUCCUUUUCAACCAUCAGCUUAGGCUCCUUGUUCCUCAGUCUGAUCAAAACAUUGGAUUUUCAAAUUUUUGCAUCUUUAUCAACUUUGUUUUCUAGAUAUAUGAUAAGAUAUUCAGAGGACUUGUUUAAAAUU